GGCAGUGACAAGUCCUUCCUUUUCCGGUCGGGCAGCGGCGGAGACGGGCGGGAGCACGCGCGCUCGGCGCCGCCAUGGCUUGUGCUCGGCCGUUGAUCUCUGUCUACUCCGAGAAGGGGGAAGCAUCAGGCAAGAAUGUCACCCUGCCCGCCGUGUUCAAGGCUCCCAUCCGGCCCGACGUGGUGAACUUCGUGCACACCAACCUGCGCAAGAACAACCGGCAGCCCUACGCGGUCAGCGAGCUGGCAGGUCACCAGACCAGUGCUGAGUCCUGGGGUACUGGGAGAGCAGUCGCUCGUAUUCCCCGAGUGCGAGGGGGGGGAACUCACCGCUCCGGCCAGGGUGCCUUUGGAAACAUGUGUCGUGGGGGCCGCAUGUUUGCCCCCACCAAGACCUGGCGGCGCUGGCACCGGAGGGUGAACAUCGCGCAGAAGCGUUACGCCAUCUGCUCCGCGCUGGCUGCCUCUGCCCUUCCCGCGCUGGUCAUGUCCAAAGGCCACCGCAUCGAGGAGAUCCCAGAACUUCCUCUGGUUGUUGAGGACAAAGUUGAGAGUUACAAGAAAACCAAGGAAGCUGUUCUGCUUCUUAAGAAGCUGAAAGCUUGGAAUGACAUCAAAAAGGUUUAUGCCUCCCAGCGGAUGCGGGCGGGAAAGGGUAAAAUGAGGAAUCGCCGUCGCAUCCAGCGCCGGGGACCCUGCAUCAUCUACAACGAGGACAACGGCAUCAUCCGAGCUUUCCGGAAUAUCCCAGGAAUUACUCUUCUCGAUGUGAACAAGCUGAACCUGCUGAGACUUGCUCCUGGUGGCCACGUCGGGCGUUUCUGCAUUUGGACGGAAAGCGCCUUCCGCAAGCUGGACGACCUGUACGGCACCUGGCGCAAACCUGCCACGCUCAAGAGUGACUACAACCUGCCGAUGCACAAGAUGACCAACACGGACAUUGGGAGAAUCAUGAGGAGCCAGGAAAUCCAGAAGGCACUGCGUGCUCCUAAGAAGAAGAUUCGCCGUAGAGUCCUGAAGAAGAAUCCACUGAAGAAUCUGAGAAUCAUGAUCAAGCUGAACCCCUACGCCAAAACGAUGCGUCGCAACACCAUCCUGCGCCACGCGCAGAACCAUAAACUUAAGGAAGAGAGGAGAGAAAAGGCCAAGGCCAAGCUCGCUGCCAAGGUCCCAGCUGAGCCCAAGGCAGAGCCUGCAGCCAAGAAAGCCAAGACUGCAGCCAAGGCCAAGGCUGAAGCGUAAACCCGGUGCAGAACUUGAUCCUCUGGAGAGCCCGAGCCUGCGCUGUGGGUUUUCAGCCAAUAAAGUCUGUUGGAACAGAGAAA